AGGCGAAUUGAGACUCAGAAUGUGUUACAACAAUACUUCCGUCCUCUAUGGAAACAUUUGUCAGAAUUAUAGUUCCGGGAUAUGUUGUUGAAUUUUCGAGGAAUUAAAAAACAAAAAAAGAUACAUAUCCUAUAUCUUACACUGACACAAAACAAUUUAGCCAUCUAUUAUUUCUUCAGUCAUAUAAUUAAUUAAUUUAAUUCUGCAUUUAAAAACAAACAACAGCAACAACGCAAGGCUGCUGUCUGUAGUGACAUCUGGAGUCAGCUGACUGUUAAAUGUCCAGGUUACAUAAGAAGAGCGUGUGAAGUUACUACUGUAACGCGGUAACCUUUUGUUCCUCUGAUUCCCAGCUGGAAAAUUAUAAAGGGUAUAGGCGAACAGAUUGUUAUUUAAUAUUUCUGGAAUGUUCUUCAGCAACAGCUGGUCCUCUGAGAGCCAGAAUGCAAGACGAGAAUGAAUUAGAGCCAAACUCUGGGAACUGGUCCUGGUGGCCAUCUUGGCAGCCGACAUCUAUGUCCUUGCUGAAGAGUGCAGAGGCUAAAAUUCUUGCCUGUAUUAAGAAUGAAUUAUGGUCCAGAUUUGUCACGUUGCCAAAUCAAAACAGAAUAUGGACCCUGACAGUGAGCAGCAAGGCAGCACGCAAACCUUCAGACCAAGCUUCUCAGAUCCCUCUUGUGAUGGUCCACGGCUUUGGAGGGGGCGUCGGCCUCUGGGUCCGAAACCUGGAUGCUUUAAGUCGCUCGCGUCCCAUCUAUGCCUUUGACCUGCUUGGUUUCGGGCGCAGCUCUCGUCCUGCCUUCCCCAACGACGCCGCAUUAGCUGAGGAGCAGUUCGUCAACUCCAUAGAACAGUGGAGGCAGAGCCUGGGGUUGGAGCGCAUGAUCCUAUUGGGCCACAGCCUAGGAGGUUACCUAGCAACAUCAUAUUCCAUCCAGUAUCCUGAGAGAGUCAGUCACCUCAUCCUAGUGGAUCCCUGGGGCUUCCCGGAGAAACCACAGCCUCAGCAAGAAGGCUCAUCAGGUCAGGUUCCAGAGGUCAAGAGACCGGGACCACCUCGCUGGGUGAAAGCAGUCGCAUCUGUCUUGAGUUUCUUCAACCCUCUGGCCAUCAUCAGAUUAGCAGGACCAUGGGGUCCAGGGCUGGUGAACAGAUUCCGGCCUGAUUUCAGAAGCAAGUUUGAGGAUCUUUUUGACGAUAACACUAUUACUGAGUAUCUCUAUCACUGUAACGCACAAACACCCAGUGGUGAGGUGGGAUUCAGAGCCAUGUGUGGAUCUCUUGGCUGGGCAAAGAAGCCUAUGAUACAACGAGUGAACCUGCUGCCAUCCUCGAUGCCCAUCACCAUGGUGUACGGCGCACGCUCCUGGGUGGACAGUUCCACCGGCACCCACGUUGCCCAAAUCAGAGGCAAGAGCCCCACACGGGUGGUGUUGAUUGAUGACGCCUCUCAUCACGUGUAUGCAGACCAGCCCGAGAAGUUCAACCAAGUGGUGGAGAACAUCUGCAGUACUGUUGUCUGAAUGUUAGCACAAUGGAAUGAAGGACAGUUAUUGUGUGUGUGUGUGUGUGUCUGUGUGUUUCUUAUUUUUUUGUGUGUGUCCAGAUGAAGUUUCAUAAUCUAAGGCUUUAAUUAGCUCCAUGUAUGGGAGGCCUUGAUUUUUACUUACACACUUCUUACUUUUUUUUUUUUAAAUAAUUUUGAUUUAGUGGACUGCGCAUCAUUUAGAGAUUUCUACAGAAUUAAUCUCUUGUCAAAGGUAAUGGUACAAAUAAUUCAUAAUUUAAUGGUUUGCAAAUCCAUAGUCAGUUUCAUAAAUCACAAGGCAGGUCCUUACAUUUUCAGCUAUGAGUCUAAAUUAAACUUGAACAGCUUUUAUAUUAUGAUUAUAAAUCAAGACGCUGCCAAACGCACUAACAAUGUUUGAUGCAAACAUCAUAACAUAGUGUAACAUUAUGCACAAGAAUACAACCCCAAGAAUGUAAUGCUGACUUGUUCUAUGACCUUUUUUGAACUGUUAUUGAAACAUUCAUACUUCCUGCUUGAUUCAUUGGUUUGACAUUUUGAAAGCACAUAGCUGCACAUACUGUAGUAGGACAUUCUGGUUUUAGCCCCGCCCACUGCCCACAGCUGUCCACUUAGAUUUCACCAUGGAAAAUGUUACAGUAUUACAAUGUGUUAGGCAAAAUUCUUGAGUAAUCCAUGUGUUUGGCAGCAUAAACAGUGAUACACAAAUAUAGCAUCAAAAUUGUAGGUACAUAAUUUGUGAUUUGUAAUAAUGUAAAAUAGAUUUAUAGCUGUAUAAUUACAUUAUAUUGCAUUACAGUAAAGAUAGCUAAAAUCCCAAGUGCAGAUUUACACCUCUGACUACAGAUUUGCAAUUCAUAAAAUCACAGCUUCAUUAUUGUGAGACUACAAUUACUUUUGACAAUAAAAUAGUUCCAGAAAUUUCUUUCUCACUGGAUUAUAGUGAUUGUGCCAUGUUUACAUGAUUUUCUUUUGUGGCAUUAGAAGACUACUAAAUGCAAUAUUUAUAAAACAUUGACAAUAUUAAUUAAUUUUAAUUUGUUGUAACCAUUUGCAAUCCAUUUCGAUUUGCAUCCUACCUGUUUAGAUUAUGUUUGUUUUUAUUUCGAGGUAGCAGGUCAUAAAACUGAUGUUCAAAAAAAUGAUGUUUGAUUAUCCUUAACAGUAAUGUUUUAUUGUAUGUUAUAACACGGAAAUUGGAAAAUAACAGUUUGUAUGUUUUA